GAUUCGCAGCAAGCGCCACUUCACAUCCUCUUCCUCCACGCUCACUACACUUUUAUUCUACGACACAAUGGGUGGUCAAAGCAGAGAAGGUGGCAAGGUCAAGCCUCUCAAGUCCGCCAAGAAGGACAAGAAGGAGCUGGAUGAGGAUGACCUCGCCUUCCAGGCCAAGAAGAGAGCUGAGGAGAAGGCUAAGAAGGAACUUAUGGAGAAGGCCAAGGGCAAGGGCCCCCUGAACACUGGUAACCAGGGCAUCAAGAAGUCUGGAAAGAAAUAGUCGGACUGUGGGCUUGAGGUUCUAUAUGUCCUCACGAGAUACAACGAGCUACGACCCACAACUCGGUGUGGAGUAUUUGCAUAUGCAUUGAGCACUAAUACCAUGAGCAACCACUUUUUCUUUGACACCUUUUCAUUUCAUACAAUAAUGCACCUUCUGCUAUUCACCAGAAAUAUCCAUACCGUCAAUCACCAGGAUCAGCUUCAUGAAUAGGAGCCCCAACAAGCGGAAAGGGUAUCAUUGCGCACGGCACAGUAAGAAGAUAGCCCACUGGCAUCGUUAGGAAGAAGUAAACAUAAACCCGCUGUAUGCUGCCCAAGGGUAUUCGCAACGCUCAAAGACACGCCUCGGCCAAUAUCCAGCAGCAGGAAAAUCUGACCAAAGGAUGGUGAAAAAGGAAAUGAACAAAAUGACAAUGAUAGAGGAUUCAAGGGAAGGGAAGGGAAUCCUGAAAGAUACCCAG